UAAAAAUAAAUAAAGUAAUUAAAAAAAAGAUAAAAUUUAUUAUUACACAAGUGAGACCGUGGGAAGGAGACCAACAAAGGAAGAGAGAGAAAGUGAAAGAGGAGAGAGAAACAGCGAUCGAGGGUUGCAAAACAAAAUCUAAUUCCCUCUUUCUCCCAAAAUCAGCUCAAAAAAAAAAAAAAAAUAAUAAAAAAAAAAACCCAAAAAAAUAAAGAGAAACAAAAAAAAACCCAGAAAAAUUCAGAGAGAGAAGAAGCAAAUGCACUUACGAGAAGAGAGAGAAAAUAAUCUAGCUGGGUAUUUCGCAAAAAUUUGCUGACAAUUCGAAGAAAGUUGAAAUUCAUCGAAUUUGGGUGUUGUUCAGUCACCUAAGAAGCUGCUUGGUUGCCGAUAAUAAGGUCAGAAAUUGAUCAAAAAAAGGGUAAAUUAAUCAGCUUCUGGUAUUAUAGUUGAAUUCCCAUUUCCCCUUUUUCUUCAAUUAAUUGUGUUCUGAAAGCUGGGAAUUUGUUUUCUGGGAAAAAGGGGGAAAAUUAAAAUCAGGGAAGUUAAUUUUAAUUGAUCUUAUAUGUUGAAGUUAAACUCUGCGAUCUCAGUGCUUAAAAGGGGAAUUGAGGGCUACCCAGUUGGUGAAUUUUGAAUUGGAAAUGUGGGAUUUUGAGCAACGGUAUAGUUACGCGCUUUACAGUUUUUACCGUUUGAAGUCGAGGCGUCGUAAGCUUUGUUGCUUAUUUUGGUGAAUUUGAACUUAGGGUUUUGUGAUUUCUAGCAGAUUUGAAUUGUAUAAGUGUUGAUUUUAGGGUUUGGUUGUUAGUUGUUUGAGUAAGUUAGAUCUCUACUUGGGUGGUUGUCAUUUUUGAAAUUUAGGGUUUUGAAUUUGGUUAGUAAUUGUGGUUAUGUGUUGGCAUUUUUGGGUAAUUUGAGUGAGUUUUAUUAAUUUGUUUAAUUGGGUGUUUAGGGGUUGUGAAGUGAAAUGUUGCUGAGAUUUGAAUUGGGAGGAAUUUGGUGUUAGUAGUUGUUGUUGGAUUUUUGUUGUAUGAGUUUGUAGGCGUGACUGUGAAGAAAUAAAAAUAUGCAACCGGAAAAGAGUUCGCGUAUGGAUAUUGGUGAGCUCAAAGCUCAUUUGUUCAAGAAGGUUGGUCCGGACAGAUUUAAGAGGUACUUCUAUAGUUUGAACAGGUUUAUAAAUCAGAAGUUAAGUAAGAGUGACUUUGAUAAGUCGUGUCAUCGGUUACUUGGGAGGGAAAAUCUCUCUUUGCAUAAUCAGAUAAUAAGGGCUAUUUUGAAGAAUGCUUGUAGUGCCAAGACCCCUCCUCCAUCAGUUCAUGAAGCAGGUCCUGCAAAACCUGCCAUAGCAACUGGAAAGAGCUUGCCUAUAUCAGAGGAUGGGCAUGGUCAGCCGGCAGUUGUGUCCCAGAAUCAAAGCUCAGUGGCCCCUGUUUGGUCGAAUGGGGUUGUUUUGCCUAUGUCUCCACGAAAGGUGAGGUCUGGAGUCCGUGAAAGGAAAUUUAGAGAUAGGCCAAGUCCUCUUGGGCCAAAUGGGAAGGCAGAUUCCGCUUCGCACCUGACAACUGCGACAGAUGAUAGUGGUGUGAAAACUGUAGAAAAUGGGGAUUUGAUGGAGAUGACUCCUUGCGAUUAUCAACGGCCUUUGCAGCCACCACGGGGGCUUGCUGAGCAACCAGAGAAUGAAGAGAGAUUGAUGAUGAAGAAAUCUGUAGAUAUUCCAGGUGUCGUUCGAGGUAAAGACCAGAAUAAUGUACCUGCUGUUGAAGAUGGGGAAGAGGUGGAACAAGGCAGCCGGCUUAAGCUCUCCAAAAGUCCUCUACUUGCUCCUCUUGGAAUUCCAUUUUUCUCACCUAGUGGUGGAGCCCGCAAAUCAUUACCUGGGACGCACAUUGGCGAUUAUGUUAACUGCUUUGAUAUUGGCGGACUCUCUGACAGUGAGAUGCUAAGGAGGCGAAUGGAGCAGAUUGCAGCUACACAGGGUCUAGGAGGGGUCACGACAGAUUGUGCUAAUACCUUAAAUAACAUGUUGGAUGUAUAUUUGAAGCGAUUAAUCAGAUCUUGUUUAGAGUUAGUUGGUAGUAGAUCUACAAAUGACACGUCAAUGUAUGCUGUUCAGAAGCAGCAAACUCACAGCAAGCUUAUGAACGGUCUCUGGCCUAGUAAUCAUUUACAUAUGCAAAGUGGUGGUCCUCCUGUAGAAGAACAGAGGCCUCAUCAUUCUGUUUCUCUGCUUGAUUUCAAGGUUGCAAUGGAGCUAAACCCUCAGCAACUUGGAGAAGAUUGGCCUUUGUUGUUGGAGAAGAUAUCUAUGCAGGCAUUUGAAGAAUAAGAUCUAUGAAGAACAUAUGGAAUUGCCUUUUAAUCCUGGUGGGUUGGUCAUUCUGGCUUGAAGAACAUGUCUUUUAUGACUUGUUGUUAUUAAUGGUGUCAAUGUCCAUUUAAUUACGCCCCUGUCCCAAGCCAGGUCAUUCCUACCCAUUAGAUACAGCUCGACCUUCGCAAGAUCAAAUGAAGGUUUUGAGCACGAUGUAUGUACAGCUCCUUUCACAGAGUUUGUACAUGAUCGGGGAUUAUUUAACUGGCCACCAGUGAGCGGGUUCUCGAGGGAUGCCCAGUGGUGGUUGCUCUGUUGUAUGUUUAGCAUUCUUGUUGGCUGUCUUCUGCCUGAGUCAUGUAAUUUACUGCCAAGAGGAGGAAACAUGGAAAAGUUUUGCAGGGAUACUGUUGUUUAGCUUGGUAAAGGUAAUAUUCACAUAAUGUAAGAGCUGCAAUGUUGCUCUUCAUGUGUUUUUAGAUUAAAGUGGAAUUCCAACAUCAAUAACAUAUUAACUUCUUAACAGCUUGUCAUUGUAGUUUGACUCUGGAUGUUUCCACUGUGAGGACCUGCAAAUCUUUGCUUCUGAACAUAAAUUAUGUUAUUGUCAAUAAAAGAGUUCAGCAAUUUCAAAAAAUAUUGUGUAAUGCAAGUUUUUGGCCUGAUGUUCUUGGACAUUUUUUCUGGUGUUCUUAGCUGUAUGUCUUGCAAAUGUUUGUUGGGACUGAUUUCUAUCUCCUCCAUACCUCAAGUUUUACUCAUCUGUUGAGCUUUAUUUCAGCACAAGUAAUACAAGGACUUAGGAUUUGCAUUUUACUACCUCAAUUCUUAGGUCCUUGACUGACUUUCCUUCUUUUUUUUUUUCUUAAACAACUCCAUUAUUUUUGUACAAUUUACUGUCUAAAUCCCAAUGAUGUUGUCCGUGGGUAAGUGACUAAAUGAUAUGUGAGGAAGCUCCAGACACAUUUUUGUUGCGAGUGCCUAUGCUGCUUGAAUUACUGGAAGGGUUAGAUUUUGUAGCAAAAUGCAGUGUCAGCUAUGUGGUAAGCACUUUGAGUUGCUAUCAGUAUGUCUUUUACUUUUUAUCUUUUUUUUUUAAUUUUUUUUAUUUUAUUUUAAUAAUCUAUACAUGAAACUAUUUGUGAAGGGGGGUGGGGGUGGGGGUGGGACUGGAGGUGUAGUCAUUGUGAAAUUGUGCACUUUUGCAGAGAAGCAUAGCUACUUAUGUGAAUCAGUAUCCAUAAUUAUUUUCUUUGGCUCCUGAGGUUUGAGUAUGCUUAUUUUCUUUUCAGUUACAUUGGAAAUUUGAUAUUUUUAUUCAUUAGGCAUCCCUCUGAAAAAAGAUGACCACCAAAGUCUACUUUGUUUUUGGUAGUGCUCCAAUUAUUUGAUAAUAAUAAUAUACAAAAAAUAGACAUAAGGUUUGAGUCUGCUUAUUUUCUUUUCAGUUACAUUGGAAAUUUGAUAUUUUUAUUCAUUAGGCAUCCCUCUGAAAAAAGAUGACCACCAAAGUCUACUUUGUUUUUGGUUGUGCUCCAAUUAUUUGAUAGUAAUGAUAUACAAAAAAUAGACAUAAGAUAUCUUUCAACUGAACUAAGCUCUGUACUUUGUUUCUCCUGCUGUGUUUCUGUCCUUCAUAUAAAGCAUGAUGAUUAACUCUAUCCCGUAUCCCCCCUUCCAAAAAAAAAAAAAAAAAAGGAAAAGAAAAGAAAAAAAGAACAACCCUUUCCCUUCUCUGCCUUACAAUUUCUAUAUCAUUGGUCAUCUGUCUAAGAACUUCUCAUUCGUCAUUUACAAUAUUCAAUCUAUGUCCAGAGCUUUUCAUAUUGGCCUUGAAAUUUUUAUGGAUUGAAUACUGAAUAACACUGACCUUAUUCCUGGAUAUCAAAUAUGUUGUUUCGCUGAACAGGUCCCACUUCCCAAGCACAAUCAUGUUAUUCCUCCUUUCAUCUCUUGGGGAUUUUCUCCAUCAUUUUUAUUUAUUUAUUUAUUUAUUUAUGUUACUUUUCUUAACCCCCUUUUCAUGUGGGAGCUUCUUCAGAGGCAUUGGUGUAAUAUUAAUAAAAAUUUGUAAUUGAAUAAUUGGUUAUCAUUUGAUACUCUGUUCUCUGUGUUAUCUUGGAAUUACUUUUAUUAUUUAUGUAGGUUGUCAAUAUUAGUACUUGAAUUAUGUAUUGCAACAUGUCCAAGAUUUGUAUGUGGCCAACAUGUCCAAGAUUUGUAUGUGGCCAUAGCAUAGUUGUCAAUUUGUCAUGACUUUCCACACCUUGAUGACCAUUGCUGUUACUGAUUUGUUGUGUCCUUUCCCUUCUGAAAAUAUGGAGAGGAAGGCAGGGAAGCCUGAUCUGUGCGGAAUACUGGAAAUUAGUGAUUGUCAGUGGACAUACUUCUUUCUAUCUUUUUGAAAUAAGUAGGUAUUUCCACCUAUUGUCUUUUCGGCAGUGGCAGGAUUGUGUUCCCUCUUGCUCAUGGAGAAGCAUGCUGUGGACGUGAGGAAAUUGCUUACUUAUUGCCCAAAGCCAGGGUAAUUAUCAUUAAUUUCUUGGAUGAUAGAGACUGUUGUUGGAUUCAGCUUAGUUCAGAAUGUAUUGAUGGUCCCAAAGAAGAAGGAUGAUGUGGAAGCUGGUUCCCUUAACAAUUUGGUGGUGCACACAGAAGUGAACAAACUGGCAGACAUUGAGACUAUAAAGUUCUAGUUCUAUAUUGUGAAGCUUUUGUGUUAUUGCGUACAAGUGCUUGAUGAUUGGCUUUCCAGAUCAGUUUUGCAUGUUUUGUAAGUUUGAUGGAUAAUGGUUAUUUUGAUCAUAGCAUUUAUUUAUAUGGGCAAGCACCCCUUUCUUGUCCUGCUUUUGCUACAGCAUCUAUGUAUAUGGAUUAUGAACAUAAAAAAGUAACCAGUAUCUAAGGAGUCAACUCUGCAUGUGGUUUCUGAUAGUUAAAUCUCAUUGCCUGUUAUUUGUGGAAUGAGCUGAGGCCUGAGGCAUUACAGAAUGUAUAACUCAUGGAGGAUUGUAUUGAUAUCUUCUUCCAUCCAAUUUAACUGUGAUGAACCCAAGUGGGCAACCUUUUGCUGUGUAUACAAGGAGGAAACGACUAUUAGCAGACCAAUUGGCAACAGCGGUACAGCAAGGCAGUGGGAGAAAAGCACCUUUGGAGGAAGCAAACAAAACAAAUUAAAGAAGCACUAUGGAGAGUGAAGAGAAGCAGCAGCAGGAGCAAAAGAAGACAAGAGUAAUUAAACAAGAAUGUAUUUUUGAGUAGCUUGAUUGUAUAUAUAAUGAAUGAGUAGCAUGAGUUGUGGUUAUGCAUUUUGAAUAUUGAGAAACUUGUCUAGUGAUUGGCAGCCUAAAGUUGCUUAGAGAGUGAUAACCUAAAGUUAUCUUUAUUACCCUUUUGGCCAUUAUCAAUGAAACAGUAAUCUUUGUUGCUAUUUCAA